ACUUGACAUUUCUUUGACUUAGUUUGACAUGGAAUUCACGGUGAUCAACUCUGACAUCGGGCGGUCUGGCAGAGACGACGGUUAUCAUAACGGUUCGGAUGCAGCGUCGAUAAGAAAAUUUGAACACGUCGGAUGUCUGGAUCUCAGUUGUUCGAAUAUAUUGCACAUAGCAAAUUUGUGUUUGAUAUCGUCCACCAAUCUUACGUCUUUAAAAUUACCGGUCAAUCGUAUUGAUAAAAUUUGCAAUCUCGAUUCCUACACAAAUCUUGUCGAGUUGGACCUUUCUCAUAACCAUAUUAAGCAGAUCGAAAAUCUCCAGGGAUUGGUUAAAUUGAAGCGUUUGACUUUAAAUCACAAUCCAUUGACAAACAUUCAAAAUUUGGAUACUCAACGUGAUUGUUUAGAAAUGCUAGACAUAGGAUGUUGCAAGAUAGCCGAUUAUAAAUUUGCUUUGUACUUACGAAAGUUUAAGAACCUUAUAUCGCUAAUUGUAGAAGGUAACCCAUGUCAAACAGAACCCAUUGACUCGCAACGGACAUUCAUACUAUCAUUUGUACAAUCAUUACUGGUGUUGAAUAAUAAAACUAUUGCAGUUGAAGAAAGAAAAAAAGCUCUAGAUACACACAGUCAACUGAUUGCUAUACUUGAAAAAAACGACAAGAAAUGGAAACGGUUGUCUGUGGACGAACAACUACGAUUAGAACAAAUGGCGAGCAGGAAGGACGCCUUUUUAGAUGGAAUCCCGGAAGGCGAAGACGUCGAUUUCAACGUGAGCGUAUUUCGUAACCCGACCGUGGAACAAGUUCUGAUGGAAAACGGCCGUUACGGAAUUUAUAAUGUUUACAGAGGAUACGCGGACGACUUUAGGCGACUAAUAACCGAAAUAACGGAAGCUGCGGAGACUAGCCGCGGGAUCCGUGCUCGACUGGUUGACGAAUUCCACGGUGAACUGCGGCAGUUGAUCGACGACGGCGUGAAUGAAAGCAGAAAGUGUGUUUCGGAAUUUACGGAGUACAAAAAACGUGUAAAAUGUGGUUUGUCGGCAGGUGGCGGUGACCAUGUAAGUCCAUUGAUAAACGCUGACGUCGCUUGCGAACGGUUUGGUGAGAGGACUCGAGCAACAUGGCUCACGCUGAUGAGCCACGAGGACCAAUUGUCUAGGAAAAUAACGAAAAUGAUUGAUGCAUUGCGGGACGUACUCGAAAAACAGAUAGUCGAAUUCAAACAGUUGGUCAAUAGCCGAUUUUGUAUGUUGCAGAGACAACAAAACAAAUUCCUACAGUUCAUUUUAGAGUAUGCAGUGUCUUCGGUUCAAAGCGAUGACAUGAAUAAUAGAAUAAGCAGAGUGUCACGAUUUACAAACGAUAUUUCACAAUGUAUGGAAUCGCAAGCCUCGCAGGUAGAACGCGCUGAAUUAUACAUAACGAAAAGUGCUUCCAAAUGGUUAGAUGACGUGUUUGACAAAUUUAACAGCGAAGAAUUCCAAAGAAAUCGUCGGAAAAUAUUAGAAAUCGCAACAUUCAUCCGUUCUCAAAACAAAACAUUGAAACAAACACAAUCUUAGCAGUUAUAACAGUUUUAUGAUGUCAACAGUUUGUUUAUUACUAAAUAUCUAUAUUAUAACGCGAACAGGGCGCAACUAGGAUUUUUUAAAGGGGGGUGACAGUAGUGUAUAGUGUAGUUUCAGAUGAAUUCUAUUUUUAAUAUUUUUUUUUCUCAUUCAAACUUACUACCAUAAUUAUUUCUGAAUAAUAAUAUGACUACUUACGUCCGGCAUUCGAGAGACUGAAAAACUUAUUGGUACUCUAUAUAUUUAGAUACAAAUCACAUAUAAUUGAGGUAUUAUCAAAUUUAAUCUUAAGGCAUUUUACAAAAUUAUACAUAGCAAAAGUUUACAUAUAAUUUCCAUUUGUUCGGCCAACUUAUUGAAACUUUAAUUUAUUUUUUGGAACUCAGUCGUUGAGAAUACAAAUGUUCUUUUUAAUUUUUUUCUUUAUUUGAAAGCUUUUGUUGACUUUGAGCAACAUAUAACUGAAUAACAAAUCAACAAACCUGACUAUAUCGGUGUACAUGUCCAUAUAAUUGCUAUAAUAACUAUAAUUUUGCAUUAUUUUUAUUUUUUUUAAGUACGACAAAUGGAUCUGAAAGUUUAUAUCGAACAUACAACGCUCAAUUUCAUAGCUCCUAUCCUUCUGUCCAUGUAGCUUUAAAUAUUUCAAAAGAAACGCAAGAAGAAGCAUGUAUGAAAAUUCAAUCAGUAUUUAAAGGUCAGAUUAAAAAAAUGGAAAAUGCUGAUUCAAUUCGUAUAAAAUAAUCCAUGAAAGAAUAUAACAAGUAUAGAAUUCAUAAAAAUAUUAUAACAUAUUUGGUCAAAAAUUUGUUAUUUAAGUAGUACUAAGGUAUAACCGUAUAACAUUCUUUAUUAUAUUAUUUCAACCUUUUAUUAUUUUUAAUUAUUUUAGUUUGUUUACUAUAUUAGGUAUAUCAUAUUUGUCAAAAAUUGAGUUUAUAAGCACUACCAUAACUUAAGUCAUUUUUUAAAAAUUUAAAUUUUACUAAUCACAAAUAAAAACAUAAAUUUGGCAACGUUCCACAGCAAAUCAUACACAAUCGUUUGACUUUUGGCGUAAAUAUUAAAGUUAAUGGUUUAACGUAUAUCGCUAAUCGUUAAUCGUGUUCUCAAAAAAGUACAUUGUACGCAAUCGUGUGGUACCCAAAUUCCUUUCAAAAUUUCAAAAAUUACAAAUUUAUUUCAAUGAGUCAUUAAAUUCAAUUUCCAACAUCCUCUCUCCCCUUUGUAGUGGUUCUGGUUGUAAUAAUAUUUUUAUUUUAACCAUAAUAAAUUUCCGAAUUUGUUGCCUUCUCAGUAUAGGUACUAUGGACAAAAGACAAUAUGACAUUUUUGUAACACAUUAUUAUUUCUUAAAUUAUGGUUCAAUGGGCUAGACACCCAAAACACCCCCUUAAUUGAGCCACUGAAAUUCAAAGAUGAAAGUCCAAAGUAUUAUCCAUAAUCACUAGUUGUGAAUGUUGUAAUAAAUUCUCUGAGCCAAUUAGUGUACCCAUGUACGAAACUAUGAAAUUGGAAAUACUUCUGAUUUUUUAAUACUUUAAACAUUAACCAGUGAUGGUCAAAAUACACAAUUACAUAAAACCACCGGUUGUUGUUUACGCAACACUAUUGUUAAUUUUGACCCUUUUUUGUUCGAUUUUUUGGUCAUACACCUCUUGCGCAUAAAUAUUAUUUAACAAUAGAACUGAAAAAAGGUGAACACCCAAACGCUCAAAUUCUUUUUUAACUUUAAUCUUAAAAUAUAAACUGUUGUUGAUGUUUAAAAUUGAAUAUGUUUAGACCAUUAGGAACAUUAACAAUUUACAUUUUUUUAAAAUAAUGUAUUAUACCUACAAUGGCAUAAGAAAUUUACAUUGCUGUUGCCUAAAAACCAGUAAUUAUAUGUUAUAUAAUAGAAUAUAUGAAAUUAUUUAUAAUAAGUAACAUUAAAUAUGAAUGUAAUAUUGUAGAUUCAGAUCAAGUAAAAGCAACAUUUUUUGAUAGUA